AUGAAGCGCUGGCAGAUUUUUGUCCUGUGGGUCUUUUGGGUGCUCAUCUUAUGGCUGACGGCCCCCUGCUUGGAUCUGACACCUGAAUCAGCACUCCAGGAAGAACAGACAUACUUGGUACCAUGGAGUUGCACCUGCCCUUGGUUCAAAUCCAGGAAGUGUGGCUGCCCUUCUGAGACCUUCAACUGCUCCUCCUGCCACCACGCAGCUGGAGGAUGUAACUGGUUUGACGCACGCUGUGAGAAGACCAAGGGGUACCUGAUGAGGACAAAAGAGUCUAUGGCCUCUGACACUGUGCUCUGGUGGCUGGGCAUGAACUCAGGGAGUGAGCUUGGCAAAGUGUGGACGACACUAUUUAAAGUGAUUCCCAGACCCUCCACAAGCCAUUUUGAUCUCUCCUGUGGGGCUUGUGCGAUGCUGGGGAGCCCACAGAUCCUGCCUGGCUCUGGCCUGGGCAGCAACAUGGACCAGCACCCCGUGGCCUUCAGGAACGCCAGCGACCAAGGUUCCUGGAGGUAG